UCAGGCCUUUUUCUGUGUCCCCCAAAGUAAAUCCCUUGAUUCAGCCCCACCUCCAACUUCCCUCUUCUUUGGUGGCACAACACUGGGGAUUCUUUAAUCUAUAAGAAAGGAUAUUUCCUCUUUAUUGGAGAACUAUAAAAGGAGUGGAGAAGCCAGUGAGGAGUCAGAGGAGCGAGAGCAAAGCAUUGCCUAGGGUUCUCUUAUAUGGUUUGGUUUUGUUCUGUUUUAAAAUUUUUUAUAAGUAUUUAACUAUUUACAAAAAUCCCUAGGUCCAUUCCUUGAUCUCUUCUCCCCUGACAAGACCAUGAAGGCUUCCAUGAUGAUUCUCCUUCACCUCUUGCUUGUGGUUAUCUGUUGUUCAACUGCCUUUGCAGCAGGAGCUGCGGUACUUCCCUCGUCCUGUUGUGUGAACUACAUACAGAAGGCAAUCCCCCCAAGCCUGGUGGCCAGCUACCAAGUGACCAACCAGAGUGCCUGCUCGAUGCCUGGAGUAAUCUUUAUCACCAAAGCAAACCGACAAAUCUGUGCUGACCCCACAAGGCAGUGGGUCAAGGAUCGCAUGAAGAUGAUAGAUGCUAAGAAGGUCAAGCUCUCCCCCAGGGCUGGGCUAAAGGCCUUGAGAAAACCCCUCAGGAAGCCAUCUUCUAACAGCACCACCAUGGAUCACUAGGAUGGGGGUGGCAUCUACUGGCCAGCUGCCUGGGGGAAUGGAAUAGGUGGUGGAGAAGGCAGUCUUCCUCCUUCUCUCUCAGCUGGACCAUCAUCAGAGUAAAUGGCUAAUACUUUGUACCUCCCAGGUUUCCAGAUGCCUAUUUGCCACCCAUAUGACCUGGAGCAAGUCCUCUUUGCUCUCUAGGCCAGAUCCCUUCUUCCUCCUCUGUAAGAUCAAUGGAGUCAGAGAUCUAAAGUUAGAAGCACCUGGGAACCGCUGAGCCACCCUUCCUCCGCUUCAUUUUACAGAGAAGGAAGCUGAGGCCCAGAGAGACUUAGCCAGCAUCACAGGUGGGCAGAACUGGGGUUCAGACCAGGGCCUCGGGCUCCAGUUGUGGCCUGACUGGUGAUCUCUAAGAUCUCUUCCAGUGCUAAUGUCCUAUGCUGGUUUCCAAGUGAGAUGAUGUAUAUAAACUGCUUUUUCUACUUUGUCAAGUGUUCCAUCAAUGUAGACCAUUUCUUUCCGUCCUAACCCCCAGCUCUGUAGCCAAUGGCCCCAGUCCUGAGUUGGGGGUGAGGGGAGGAAGGGAGAUGAGGACUUCACUGGGAAGGGAUGUCUUGGUUACUGUUCGCACCAUUGGGAGGGUGGAAUCCUUUCCCCUCUUGGCACAGAGGCUUGUAGAAAUGCUCUAGAAGCCCCAAUUCAUUAGCUCUUUUUCUAGAAACACAGAUUAUUUCAUUGCAGGCACCUUGCUCAGUACCUGGCACAGAGCAGUAACAAAUAUUAUAGACUGACCUGCUUGAUUGUCUACCAUGAGCAGAGUGAGAGAAAAUGUGGCCUAGUGGAGAUAGGGCUAAGCUUAAGAGUCAGGACGACCUGGAUUCAAGUCCCCCCACCACAUACUGGCAAGGACCCUGCAUGAGCUGCUCUGUUUCUAAGUACCCCCAUGCAAUUCUCUAAGACAAGUUGCCACCUGCAUCGCUGAAGGGAGUUUCCGCACUAGAUGGUCCCACUCCCAAGACGCCACAAGACUGGAAGAAAAAGAAAUGUGCAAGACACUGGAUUAUUGAUGUGUCUGGAGCAGUAGUCAGAUGUUAUCAGGGAGACAGAGGCUCCAUGGAUACUCUUGGGCCAGACCCUAAGUGAGCCUUGUCUGGGGCAGCUCCACGUAGCUGUUACCUUGAGUUUGGGCUUGGGGAACCUGAAAAGUUAUCCCGUCAGGGAUCAGGGUAUCGUUAGAGUAUCAUUUUACAUUUUACAGAUGAGGAAACUGAGGCAGAGAGAGGACGCGACCUCCCUGUGGUCACACAGCUAACAAAAGUCAGAGGUAGGAUCAUAAACCUAGAACAGACCUAGAGGUGACCUUGUCCAAUGGCCUCAUUUAACAGAUGAGGAAAACGAAGUCCAGCUAGGUGGGCAGUCAGGACAACUUGAGGAUACGGAGUUACAGUAUUUAUGGGGGAAGAGGGUUAAUUUCUGUGAACUUCUUAUAUUAUAGUUAUAUGUGUAUUAUUUAUCUUAUCCCCUUUCCUAGAAUGUAAGUCCCUUGAGGUCAAGGCCUCUAUCUCCAUUUAUCUUUGUAUCUACGACUCCAGCCCAGUGCCUCUUAUUGAAUGACUAUUUAAUAAAUGGUUGUUGAAUGAAAUAAACUGAACUUUGAUUGA